AUGUAUAUUGAAUUAUCUCCAAUUCAAGUACAUUUACAAGAAGCCAUUAAAUGUCGAGGAGAAUAUAUUGAAAUAUUCGGUUAUGAUCCAUCAUUUAAUGAAAAUAAUAUUAAUAAAAAUAAUAAUUGGAAAGAAUAUCAUACAUGGUGUGGUGCUGAUCAUUCAGUAAAUAAUCCAUUACCUAAUGCACGUUAUCUUAUUUCAUCAAAUUCUUUAUAUAUGUCAUUACAAACAACUGUUUCUAGAGAUCCAAGAUAUUUUAAAAUUCGAUAUAGAGUUGUUCCAGUCAUAGCACGUUCUCAAUAUAAUUCCGAUGGAAUUGUUUAUGAUUCAUUAAUCAAAGAACAUAAAUCUUCAUUAACAAUACUAACAACAACUAUUAUGUCAACCAAAACUAUCAAUGUAUUAUGGAACAAUAGUGAUGUAAAAAACGUUAAUGAAACAUUAACAAAACAAACAUUUAAAAAAGGAAUUCUUAUUGGAAUUAUUGCUGUUGUAAUUGUUCUUCUGAUUGCAAUACUUGCUGGUAUUCUUAUUUUUAUAUUAAUUAAAAGACGUCGAUCUUCAUCUCCAUCUAAUACUAGAAAGAAAAAUGUACCUUCAACAACUAAUAAUACUAUUACAUCUAAACCAACAGCUAAAUCAUCUGAUAAAGCUCCACUUCUUGAAAAAAUAAAUAAUACAUCUGCAAAUGUAACAAAACAAAGAUUAGUUCCUGAACGAACAGUACAAAUAUCUGAUGUUAGUACAUCUCGAUUUAAAUCUUCUGCAUCAACAGGUACAAAACCCGGUUUAACAAAAACUGAAGUUCCACCAUCUAAACCAACAUUAACUGCAGUUGAUAGUGGUAUAUAUGGUGUUGAUUUAAGUGAAGAUAUCACACCUGUAUCAAAACCUGUAUCAUUAUCAACACCUAAUCCAUCAAAAAUUCAUACUAAUAUUUUAUCUGAUGCAUCAGAAUCAGCAUCAAUAGUUGUUGUUAAUCCAUUAACUGAAAAUUCAACAAUAUCUCCUGCUACUAUCUUUUCAAAUGAUGUUGUUGAAAGAAAUUCAUUAUCAACAAAUGAAAAUGAAGAAAAAGAAAUUCUUUUAGAUCAUACUGUUCAAAGUGCUUAUCCUCAUUUAGUUGAUAUAGCGUCAAGUGAAAGUGAUGCAACAUUAUAUGGUAGUGGUUUACAAUCAAAACGAACAUCGAUAAUAACAAAACAACCAUUAGUUAUUCAAGAAUCAAAUAAUAUUGAAACAAUUGUUCUAUCCGAUGAUACCCAAUUAUCAUCAUAUCAUCCAAUCCCAUUUAACCCAUUACACGUGAUAUUACAAAAAGAUGCCAAUAAAUAUUAUACAACAGAAUAUAUUUAA